AUGUUGUUGAGGAGUUGUAGAUUUAUGAAAUGAAUUCAUCGCUGAUGGAAGAAUAUACUUUAAAAGAUUCCAACGGAAAUAGAAGAACAGUGAGUCUUUGCACAAACGAUAGAAAAGACUCCAACUUUUCAAGUAGUUGCUUACAAAUAAUAGUUAAGAUAUACCUUUUUCUCAAAGGAUACUUUCAGAGCAUCCGCACUUCCCCACUGAAGAAUGUACUGAGAAGACUCUUCUUACCUAGCGGUUAUCCAGAGUCGGUUACUGACGAUUAUGCCAACUUUGAAAAGUGGGAUUCUUUACAAGGUCUUUGUUCUUAUUUGCGUCAGGUGAUGGUCACUCGUUCGACCCUUUCAGGUCUCGGUGUUGGUAAUAAUUUUGCACAUCCCACGGCUGCAGCGUUAAUGUUGCUUUGGAGAGAAGGUUUCGGUGUAGUAGGAGGUCUACUAUUUACUUGGGGAAAGAGUUCAAGAUUUGAUAAGGAUAGUAAGAGUUGGAGGCUUUUUGCAGAUGUUAUCAACAAUGUUGCUCUUACUAUGGAGUGGACAGCUCCUCUUUUUCCUACACCAGUAUUUUUUGCUCUACAUUCAAGUGCAAAUAUCUUCCAUAGUUUGUGUGGAAUAGCAGGAGGUGCUACUUGUACUGCUUUUCAAGCGCACUUUGCAAAACGUAACAAUAUCGGAGAUAUCUGCUCCAAGCAUGGCAAUAUUGGUAGAGCUGUAAGUCUUGUUGGUCUGUUAUUGAGUACUUUGUGUUUUUGGUCGUCGAGUUUAUUGGAAAAUUCUUUACCUUUUUCUUUUGGAGUGUUUUGUUUUUUGACUGUAUUUCAUAUUUACUUUAAUAUUUUAGCUCUUCGCAGUCUUCAUUUAGCAGUUCUGAAUAAGGAACGAGGAUACAUCGUUGCUGAACAUUACAUUUGCCAUAAACAACUAUUAGAUGUAUCAUCAGUAUCCAAAAAAGAGAGAUUUUGGCGUCCUUUAUUGAAUAGUCGAAUAAGAGUGGGUUGUUCUUUGUUGGACGCUCCAUUAUUGAAUUCUUCAUUCAAAAACUUUUUGAAGGUCGAAUCAUUAUAGUGGAACAUCGAAGGAAGAGGCAAUACAAAAUGUAUAUACAUGAGUUGGCCACAGCAAAGGAGAUAUGGAUUGGUUUUGUAGU